AUGUCUGUUGAGAACCCGGUUCACCACAUGCAAAACCCGGUUCUUGAAGAAAAUCAUAACCCUCUCACUCCUAAUGAAAUCCAUGAACUCUUUUCCUUAGUACUCGAACCACAACAACAACCAUCAUCAAACCGUUCAUCUUCUAGCUCUGAAACCAACCGUUCAAUCUACACCGUCGAAGAACGAAAGCACAGGCGCAUGGCUUCCAACAGAGAAUCUGCACGAAGAUCGCGUCGGAGAAAAAAGACCCACGUAGAGAAUAUUACGAAUGAAGUGAACCGGUUAAAAAUCGAGAAUCGGGAACUGAAAAAUAUGUUGUGUGUGCUGAGUCAUGAUUGUCACUUGGUGCAGAGUGGCUCGGACCGGUUACUGUCCGAGUCAAUCUACCUUCAACACAAACUCGCCGGUUUACACCAAAUCUUAGCAUAUUCGACCGCGCAGCAGCUACAAUAUUAA